UUCUUCUCCUUUUAUGGCUACUCCCUCUGUUACUCUCGCAUCGUUGCAAGAUACAACACAUGACUAUUACAUUCAUCCUAAUGAGAAUCCUUCAUUGGUGCUUGUUUCCCCGAUUCUUGAAGGUCACAAUUAUCAUGGAUGGGCUCGCUCGAUGUCUAUGGCACUACAAAUGAAGAAUAAAUUUGGCUUUGUUGAUGGUUCCAUUCCUUGUCCAGCUGGUACAGAUCCAAUGGUUCAAGCAUGGAAGCGUUGCAAUAAUCUAGUUUUAUCUUGGAUCAAUCAUUCUGUUUCUCAUGAGAUUGCUACAAGUAUUAUUUGGAUUGACUCUGCUGCUACGGCAUGGAAGGAUCUCAAAGAUCGUUUCUCCCAAGAGGUAAACCCUCUCCUGCCAAUGAUUAUGGCCGGGGAAGAUCUUCAUAUCAAGGUUCUCAGGCUCGUUAUCAAGGUUCUCAGGCUCGUUCCUCAGGGGGAAGGUUUGGUGCACCUCGACAAUGCACUCACUGUGGCAGGACAAACCACACCAUUGAUACUUGCUUUCUAAUACAUGGAUUACCACCUGAUCUCAAAUCCAAAAGAGUCCACAAUGUUACAACAGAUUCUUCUACAAUAGUUCCUUCUUAUAAUAAUUCUCCGGCACAAUCACAUUCCGCAAUUUUGGGACUUUCUCAAGAGCAAAUUCAUGGUUUAUUGGCACUUCUUCCUCAAUCUAAUCCCACAAUCCCACAUUCUACUAAUCUAGUGAGCUCUCAUAAUGCUUCCACUUCUUCCCAGG